AUGUCAUUUCAAGAAUCAAAAUAUUAAUAAGAAUAAAACUAAAACUAUCUUCAAGCUGAAGAAUUGUAUUCGGCUAGUUAAGUAAAUUAUUUGAAUUUAUAGAUUAGGUUAAACUUAAAGAUUAAAAGAUUCAGGAGGCCUUAAAAUUGAUUAAUGAUGCUUUGAUUCUCUAUCCUUAAAAUUCAAAAGCUUUAGCACUAAGAGGUUAUUGUAAUCAUAAUUACUUUAGGAUAAUUAUUUUUAAAAAAUUAUCUGUAUGAUCAAGCUUUAGAGGAUUUAAAUUAGGCUGUUCAAUUAGAACCUUAAAAUGAAGAAAUUCUUUAUUAUAGAGGUAAAAUAUGAUUUAAUUUAUUAUUAGCAACUGUAUUUUUUAGAAAGAGAAUGUUAAUAGAAGCAUUGACAGAUUGUGAAAAUGCAAUAAAGAUUAAUCCUAAAUAUGCAAUGCCAUAUAUGAGAAUAGGUAAAGAAACUUUAAAUAUAUUUAGGAAGUAUUAAAGCUGCAAUGGGAAAUUAAGACGAAGCAUUAUAAUACUAUAAUAAGGCAAUAGAAGUAGACGAAAAUUGUUGUUCAGCAUAUAUUAACAGAGGUUAUUAAUAACUAAUAUUGAAAAGGAGUUCUUUCUGAUGAAAUGGGAAAUAAAGAGUAGGCUCUCUUCGAUUAUAACAAAGCUAUUGAAUUAGAUCCUAAUGAUGCAAAAUCUUAUUGCAACAGAGGUAAUUAUUAUAUUUUAUUGAGAGGAAUUCUAUAAAAAGAACUUGGAAAAAUAGACUAAGCCUUAUUAGAUUAUAAUAAAGCUAUUUAAUUAGAUCCUAAUGAUGCUAACUCUUAUAAUACUAGAGGUAAUCAAUUUGAAAAUUUGAAUAGGUGCCCUUUAUAAACAGAUCGGAAAUAAAUAAUAAGCACUUUUGGAUUAUAACAAAGCAAUAGAAUUGGAUUCUACUGACUCUAACGUUUAUAAUAACAGAGGUAAUCAUUUUUGUAUUAUAUUCAUUAGGAAACCUAUAUAAAGAAAAUAAUUAAAAUGACUUAGCAGUUUCUGAUUAUCUUUAAGCAUUAAAUUUUUAAUCUGAUAAUCCACUUAUACUAGCCAAUUUAGGAGAUCUUUAUUAUUCAGAAUAAAAUUACAUUCUUUCAGCGGAUUAUUAUAAACAAGCACUUGCUUCUUUAGAUUUAAUUACUCCACAAAAGCAAAUAAAUUGGAGUUUAUCAGAAGGAAAUAUUUUAUUCAUAAAAGAAAAAAUCAAAGUUCUUUUAGAAAUUUAAAAUGAUAUUGCUUAAUUAAGAUAAUAGCUUUCAACAAUAACAACUAAAUUUGAUUCAGAUUAAUAAAGUGUAUUUGAAGUAUAAGAGAACAUAAGUAAUAUUGAGAGAAAACUUACAAAAUAAUUGAAACCAUUUACAGAAUCAACAAUUCAAGAAGAAAAUCAAUAAUAGUUAAAUUUCUUAUUAUUGGCAUAAGAAGACUUGAAAUAAUUGUAGCAAAAAGUAGCUUAAUUACAUUAAAUAAUAAAUGAAUAAAAUGAUAGAAUAAAUCAUUUAGAAGAAGAUAAUUAAAAAUUAAAAUAAUAGGAUGGGUAUCAAAUAUAAGAAUCUAUGAUAAUACUUCAAAAAGCUGAAAACAAACAUUAAUUUAUUUACUAUAAAGCAUUAUUUUGGAAAUUAUAUUAUUACUUGUCUGCAAUGCAACAAAUAUCUUCAGAAUUAUAUUAAAUGAACAGAGAUGCUAUGAUAGAAAGCAAAUCAGAAAAAGUACUAGAUAUAGUGUAAAAAGUUUUUAAUGUAGGAUCAAAGGUUGUAGGUGUUAUACCAAUAGGUGGAGAAGCAUUUGACCUUAUAAAUGAAGCACUUGAUUAUGCAAUUGAAUAAAAAAAAGAAAAUAAAUUUAAGGUCAGACUUCAUAAAUUAACUAAUAUCUUAAAAUGUUUUAAUAUAAUUAGCCCUGUAGACUUAGAAAAUGAAGUAAAAAUAGCAGCAAUUGAACUUGCAAAGAAACAGUAAUUAGAUUUAGAAGGCAAAAAUAAUAAAUAAUUUGAGGAAUUUGUAAAUAAAUUGAGCAAAUCAGAAAUAUUAGAAGAUGAAAAUAAUAUGUAUUGGAAAAAUGGUACCAAUGAUGCUUUAGUCAUUUUAAAAUAUUUAGAAGAUUACUCAUCAACUAUAAUAGAAACAUAUGAUAAAAAAAUAAGAGAAAUAUUUAUAGAUGCUGUGGAGAAAAAUAACAAAACUUAAACUCAAAUCUUACAACAAUAAAAUCCAACAUCAAUUUCUUAAGUAGUUACAGUAUCAAGAUGUUGUUUAAUUUAAUGA